AUGGGUGAUUUUAUUGAAUUGGCGGAAGAUGGCGAAUCUGCGUCACAACGAAUCGCUGAAGCACUCAAAGAUGCGCGGGAAGGCACAACUUUCGACGCAAAAAUUAAAUCUCUAGCAUGUGCUAUGCACAUCCUAGUUGAUCCAACAAGGCCAAAUCAUUUGCUUGAUAAUUUCUUAGAUGAAAUGCUCGAAUUUGGAGAGUUAAACGAAACGCGAGUAUUAUGUCUUUUAGUAGAUUUUCUUCAAAAAGCAUGCGCGAAGGAUCCAUCAUUAUGUUCGAAAGCCGUGGAAAGACUCAGUUUUUACUUAACUCCUAAUGAGAACAUACUUAAAUAUAAUCGAGUUAUUAAGCGGGUGAUUGUAGCCUGUACGAACUUAUACCCGAUUAUUCUUGAACAUGUGAUCAAGCGAGGAAACGAAGUUGAAGCUGAACGAUGCUGGCAAUCGUUCAAUGUUCUUAAAAGCAGAAUUAUCGAUUUAGUUGACUGUGAUCGCGACGGAAUUCGCACUGUGACCAUUAAAUUUCUUGAAGCAUUAAUUUUGUGCCAAUCUCCAAAACCCAGAGAGCCUGUGUUGGAUGCCAAUCAACAACUGCAGCAAAACUCGCUAACAAAUGAGCAAAACACGCGGUUUUCGAAAAUAUCGCUUAAUGAUGUUCCACGUGGACACCGCUUCAUAUCAUAUAGAAAAGCUCAAAUGGAAGCUGAGGAAAAUUUCACUGCAUUGAUAAAGCAAACUACAAUAGCACAUAUUACAUCUCAGAACUUGCUAACAGUAAUUGAUGCUCUUUGUAUGAUUACGCGAUGCCGGCCUCAGUGGGAAAAUGCUCUGGAAAGAGUAUUUGAUGCCAUGAAAAGUUUGCAUUCCAACGUACCUCCAAUGCUCAGUAGUGGACAGGUGAAAGCGUUGAGGAAAGAACUGAAACGAAAUCUUCUUCGGUUUCUCAAACUACCUGCCGCUGUUCCAAUGCAGCAUAAAAUUCGAUCUCAGCUAACAGAUUACUUAGGAGCGUCACCGAAUGAAGUGAAUCGUGCGAUUCCACCACAUUUGGUGCAAAAAGUGACGAAAAUUGAAAAUGGUGCGGAACCAGCUGCAAAGAAAAUGAAAAUUACUAAUGAAGCACUUACGACGUCAUCAUUAUUUCAAGAUGAUGAAGAUGACGACGAACCAUCGACAUCUGGUUCCAAAAAUUCGGCUUCCACAAGGCCGAAAGAUGCGAACACUGAAGCGAUAGAAAUUACAGCAAAAUAUAUUUUCGAAAGGCUGAAUUCGCAAGUCGUUACAAAUUUAGUGUUCAUUUCGUUGUUAACGCUACCCGAUGAAAUGCCUGCUUCUUUCAAUUCAAGUUAUACUCCUAUCGCACAAGCUGGCACUGAGGAACAACGGAUGGAUGUAUCUCGUAUGAUGGCAACUCAAGCAACGCAACGCGAAAUAGGUCCUGGCUACGAAAUGCUAAAAAAGCGAAAGGAAGAAGAGCUGAAAGGACGUCAGAAGGCGCGUAAAGGCGGUGUCGUCAUUGCUCAGACUCCGGCACAUGUUCCCAGUGCGGGAAUUUCUCGUACUGUGACUCAAAAGGGAACGAUUGAUGGGCCCACUCCGGUUCCGGUUUUGAGAACCAAAAAGGCGUUCAAUUUGCUUGAAGAAACAAAGAAGAUGACCGACGAAGAGAUGGAAGAAAUGUUCGAGCUUGCUUUUGAAUCGGUUUUGAGAGCAGAAAGGCGAGUGGUUCAAGGUGGCGCUACCAUGAUGUACCAGCAACUCGUUGUCCGUUUAGCAUCAAGAUACAAGAAGGAUUGUAGCAAAUUUGAGGAAAUGCUUGUAAAGUUCAUUGUCGAUGAUCAUAAAAAGCGAACAGAUCUAGCGUUAUUGUGGAUUUGUGAGCUUUAUGCCCAAUACCAAGGGUACUCAUAUUGCUCCUUAUAUAUGGAGGAGCUAAUAAGUGGUGAAGACGAUCAUACAAAGAAAGCGAGAUUUGAGCGAUAUGAUCAAGCUAUGUGCAAACUACUGAAGGAACUUGUUGAAAAACAACUCUAUAACGAACCACUAUUCUACAAACUUCUUCUGGAAGCACCAUUAGUGACCACGAAUGCAUUUGAAUAUUUAAGGAUUGUCUGCUUAAACACCGAAAGCAAUGCUCUUGGAAUGUCGGUUUUACGUGAGUUGAUAUUGACGAGAAAUAGGCAACGACCUCAACUUUUGCAAUUUUUCUUUGCACUAUGUUUCCAGCCACAAGCAAAUUUGCGUUCAUCUUGCAUCGAAACGGCGAAAGAAUUGUGUAACUUGCCACAUAUAAGAACUUCUUUAACGGAAAGAGCCGUCCAACAAAUUCAGGAUUGCCUUGAUCCAGUACCUCCAGAUUAUGCACAAUUACCAGGAGAACAAUGCGAAGCAUGGACAGAUGAAAUGUACAAAUCAGCGUUGGUUAUUUAUACAACAAUCAUGCCAUUUGAUUCGUCAUUGCUGCUGCCUCUCGGUUCCGUCUAUGCAGCAGGAACGACUAAUUUUAAGAAAGUUGUACUUCGUACCAUUGAGCCAGUGAUGAGAGUUAUUGGAAUGCACGACCAGCAGGUCUUACGACUUAUUGAAGAAUGUCCUCCGGGAGCUGAGACACUGGUGGCAAGAAUUGUGCACUUGCUCACAGAACGAACGCCGGCAACUCCUGAGCUAGUUAUGAGAGCCAAAAAGCUUCAUGACGAACGGCACAUGGAUAUUCGUGCGCUUAUUCCAAUUAUUGGAGGAUUGUCAAGGGAUGAAGUCAUCCGAUUAAUACCAAACUUUGUGUUUCGCGCCGAGUAUCAAAAGUCUGUUUCACUUGUGUUCAAAAGACUUUAUAUGGCAAGAGAUCUACAAACCGGAGAUCCCUGCUUUGAUCCAAUUGACUUAAUCAAAGAAUAUCAUCUUAUUAAACCAAGCAACGAAAAAGAAAAGGAAUUCCAUAUUAACAAUUUAUCUGAGUUGUUUGAUACCAAGUAUGUUAAGCGAGAUGUUGCUUCACAAGCAAUUGAGACUAUCUUCGAAAUUGAGCCAACUCCUUAUCUUUUCCCACAAUCAUUGUGUGUUCUGCACAAUAAGUUUACGGCAUUUGAUACAUUCGUUUCAACACUUCUCCAAAAGUUUAUCGAUAAGAAGCAUUGGAAACAAUCGGAAUUUGCGAAGAUGGCAUUUUUCGAAGCAAUUGCAAAGUUGAAAACUGUAGCAUAUGGUGCUGUCUUGACGUCUUUUUCGUUUGAGGACUACACAGAUCUUAAAACAGCGUUGGGAGAGAAUCUCGUUGAAGAGCUGAAAGAAUUCUUCCCUACGAUGUCAACUUCGCAGCAAAAAACUGUCGAUGAAAAAAUUAAAGAAGAGGUCUAUGAUAAGGAGCGGGAAUAUCGAGAAAAGAAAAUGCGAAAAGAAAGAAAAGAGCGAGAGCGAGAGAGGGAGACUCAUCGUGAACGGACUCGAGAAGAUGAGAAGGACCAUGAUUCCGAGCAGAGGCGUAUUCAAACUAUUCAAAAAUGCGGGUUAAAGUUGCUUGUUCAUGUCCGAUGUGAUAGCAUUCACAUUCUCGAGUAUUCGAAUUCUUAUAAUCAGAAAUGGAAAGUUUUGCGCAAAAUUCCGUUCCAACAUUUUGGCUUCUGUGGUGCUAUACUUGACGCUGAAGAAAAUUUACUAUUCGUCUCGGAAGUCGAAAGGAACAACUGCAUAAUUUAUUUGAAACCCGAAAUGAAGGACAGAAAUCAAAUCACAAUGGAUUCUGACGCAACACCGAUGUGUUUGAGCUCAUGUGACAAUAAAUUGUUUGUUGGACUGGAAAACGGAAGUGUCGAGUUUUAUGCGAAAGAGUCUGGAGAAUACACGAAAACGAAUUCUGUUCAACUACUAAAGGAUCCAAUAUUUUGUAUCGCUAGUUGCUCAAAGAGCAUUGCUGUUGGUUGUGCAAAAUCCCCAAUUUUUCUUCUAAAUCUUUCUUCUCUAGACGAGGACCCUAAACAAAUUCAUUAUCCCCAAAAUGCUGCUGGUUGCUCAUCGCUAUCGUAUUCACCGAACCUCAAACAAAUUGCUGCCGGGUUUUGGGAUGGUUCGUUUCGAGUUUUUUCAUCUAGUCGCCUCACUAUUCUCCUUGUGCUCUCCAACGCACAUUCCGCUACAAUAACCUCCAUAUGCUGGAAUCAGCGUAUAGUGGCGGCAUGUUCGCUCGAUGAAACCGUGUCGAUGUGGAAUUUUAAGUAA